AUGCGGCUACGUCUUCAGCUUGACUUCACAGACUGCUUUAGAACGGGGAAUACCUGGAAGGUUUUGAAACCACCAGCCACAGACUCGGCGGGGAACAAAUAUGCAUGCGAGGGUGUAGUGAUUUCUGCCCCCCGUCUCACUGGCACUAGACCCGUUUCUGAUCUAUUUCUCCAGCAGAACUGCGCCCUUCACAUUCAGGGCUACACUGGACAGACGGACCACCGGGCCACAUAUAGCAGCCCUUCGCUUGUUGGGUGCUCGUCGCCGUCAGAAACGAUGGCGAGUGGUUGGCCCUAUAUACCGAGAGCGGCACCUCAUCUAUGGAAGGCACGUUGUUGGAAUAGUACAAUCCGGCAUUUGCCAGUACAUUCUUGCACUUAA